CAAAGCCUAUUUUAAUUUUUUUUACUCAUAUGACAUACAUUAAUUUUUUUUUAGUUGGAGGACAUAUUUUGAUUGCAGAUUCUAAUAUUUCAUAUUUCCUCUAAACUUCGAACAAAGGCACUGUGCUCAACUUCAUCUAUGGAAGAAGAUAAUCAUCUCCCUACACCCGCCACCUCCUCCUCCUCCGCCGCUACCGAUCAUUCGGAUCCCUCUCUCCAACGUAAACACGCGGCAAUGAUCGAACGUCUUUCGAAUCUCCACCAGAAUCGCUCCACCCGUAAACCCGACCCGGAAUCCAACUCCACAACUUCCUUCCUUUCCCGUUUCUUCCAAUCCAAAUCCUCCAUCGAAUCCACACUAACCCGUAUCCGUCAAACAGCCGAACCGCAAUCCGACCCGACCCUUAAACCCGAACUCGACAACGUCUCGAUCUCCAUCACAAAUCUCGAAAAACUUGUCGCUGAAAACAGUUUCUCCUUGCCCUCCUACGAAGUCCGUACAUGCCUCAAAACUGUAGCUGAUCUCAAACAAUUCGUCGAACAGGUCACGUGCGAAGUAAUCCCGAGGAAAAAAUUCGCCUUCAAAAACAAAUCAGCGAAGAAAAUCCCGGUCCAAAAAGAUGUUGCGUAUGAAAAUCGGAUGGAUACGGAGUCUCAGGGUUCAGGGUUUAGGAUUUUGGAAAACUCGCCUGGAUUUAGAGACAAAAAAAAUGAGGAUUUAGUGAAGGAAUUCAAUAGGGACAAUGAUGGAGAGAUUAGGGAGUUUGUGUUAUCGGAUUUAAGGCAUUGUGAUGUGAGGUUAAUGGGGUGUGUGAGCGCGUUGUUUGUAAAUAAACUGAUUGAUUGUAAGGUAUAUGUAGGGCCUGUUUUUGGGUCAGUGUUGAUUGAAGAAGUGGAAAAUUGUGUGUUUGUUAUGGCAUCGCAUCAGAUUCGAAUUCAUCAAGCGAAAGGGUGUGAUUUUUAUCUUCAAGUUAGGAGUAGGCCGAUAAUUGAGGAUAGUAAUAGUGUAAGGUUUGCACCGUAUUGUUUAAAGUAUGAUGGGAUUGAGAAGGAUCUUGAGGAAGCUAACCUUGGUGAAGAGACGGGGAAUUGGUCGAAUGUGGAUGAUUUUAAGUGGUUAAGGGCUGUGCAGUCUCCAAAUUGGUCAAUUUUGCCGGAGAAUGAACGCCUUGGCACAGUCGAUAUUUCAAAUUGAGACCCAAAAGUUUAAAUCUUUGCUCUUGAUAUGGUUGGUUAGUAUGUUGAAUCCUCAUUGUUUAAAGGAAAUAACUUUUUUUCCGAGAAUUUAAAUCUUUCCUGUUGAUGAUUGGUUAGCAUGUUGAAUCCUCAUUGUGUGAGGGAGAUAACUUGUUUUGGUUAUCUUCUUGAGUUUACGGGUGCAUCAACUUUUGUUGAUUAAAUACAUUACUUAUUGUUCUGGUUAUCUUCUUGAGUUUACGGAUGCAUCAACUUUUGUUGAUUAAAUACAUUACUUAUUGUUGAACGAAAUAUUGUAGAACAGAAACAUUGUGCUAAAGCUGUUGCUUUCCAAUUUCUUGGAUAGAGAGAUUUUGUUAUGUUUCUAUU